AUGGCGUCGAACCGCGUCGACGUCGUGCGCGUGGAGAAAUCUGCAUCGGAGUGGAAAUCCACCCUGAACGCGCAAGAGUUCCAAGUCUUGCGACAAAAGGGCACGGAACCGGCACGCACGGGAGAGUACGAUAAGUUCUACCCGACGGAGGGACACUUCGUGUGCCGAGGGUGCGGGACGCCGCUGUACAGCGCCAAGGCGAAGUUCGACAGCGGCUGCGGGUGGCCGGCGUUCGAUAAGUGUUACACCGGUGCGGUGAAGACGGAGGUUGAUAACUCGUUCGGGAUGCGGCGGGUGGAGAUUAUGUGCGCUGGGUGCGACGGACACCUCGGGCACGUGUUCGAGAACGAGGGGUUCUCGGCGACAAUGGAGCGACACUGCGUGAACUCAAUCAGCGUGCGAUACGUGAAGGAACAGAAAGAAGCGGAAGAGGGCAAGGUCGUCUAA